CGCACCCCCACAUUACUCCCUUCCCAGCUCCCACGACGUUUCUCUAAACUCUCCUCCCGUCUUCGGGGUCUCACUCAAGGUUCAAAAUCCAAUCCAACAUCAAGAUCCUUGAUUUUAUGGAAUUUUACAAGAAUUAAUCCGAGAUACUUAAUAUAUACGGAGUAGCAGAAAACGGGAAAAAAAGGGGAAUUUUUCCAUUUUUUUUUUUAAACUUUAUUUGCAUCAUGUUAUCAAAUUUAGACCACAACAUCUCCAGCUCCACAGUUCAAUCCCGGCCACUGGAACCCUCACCGGCCCCCGCACUGGAGCCACGCCCACCAACAUCUUCCGAUGAAGACUUCUUCUCCUCAACCUCCAUAGCCUCCUCCUCUUCCUCAGAAGACAUCCAGACCAACCACUCUUCACCACCGCUUCCGCCUGCGGCACCGCCACCGCCGCAGAUCCCCAUCUCUUGGCCGGCAAGUGGGACUAUUUCUCGAGAAUGGGUCAACGAGUUAAUGAAUGCGUUUGAAUGGGCUUCGAGAGCUGUUCCUCCGCAGGAGUUUCCUUCUCUUCUUCCGGUUGAGGUAUUCGAUCGGCUAAUCCUGUCCGCCUCUAAAAUCUUGCAUAAAGAGAAAAAUUGCGUGAGUAUUGAGGGUGAAGAAUUAGGGCGGGUGUCCAAGGUUGUGGUGGUCGGAGACUUGCAUGGACAGUUGCAUGAUGUGCUGUUUUUAUUGAAGGAUGCCGGAUAUCCGGGUGAAGAUAGAAUUUUUGUGUUUAACGGGGAUUAUGUUGAUAGAGGAGCUUGGGGUCUUGAGACUUUCUUGCUCCUCCUUGCAUGGAAGGUGAUUUUGCCACACAGGGUAUUUCUUCUUCGUGGAAACCAUGAAUCCAAGUAUUGUACUUCAGUGUAUGGGUUUGAGAAGGAGGUAUCAUGUAAGUAUGGAGAUAAAGGAAAACAUGUCUAUUGCAAGUGUUUAGGAUGUUUUGAGGGUCUUCCUCUUGCUUCCAUCAUUGCUGGGCGUGUUUACACUGCACAUGGUGGGAUUUUUCGCAGUAUUCCAAGUACCCCUUCAAAAAGAUACAAAGGCAAGAAGAACCGUAAAGUAAUUGUCGACCCCAACUCAACUGCAUUAUCUCUUGGUUCAUUUGAAGAGCUAUCUAAAGCUAGGAGAUCUGUUCUUGAUCCUCCUUGGGAAGGUCAAAACUUGAUUCCCGGUGAUGUUCUUUGGUCAGAUCCAUCCAUGGAUCCAGGUCUUUCCCCUAACAAAGAACGAGGCAUUGGUCUUUUAUGGGGUCCAGACUGUACGGAAGAAUUUCUGAAAAAGUUUGGCCUAACGUUAAUCAUCAGAUCACAUGAGGGUCCUGAUGCCAGGGAAAAGAGGCCUGGACUAGGACAAAUGAAUGAAGGGUACACCAUAGAUCAUGUUGUAGACUCUGGGAAGCUGAUUACAGUCUUUAGUGCACCAGACUAUCCACAAUUUCAGAUGAUGGAAUUGUGAUGAAAUCAAUAUCUGUGCACACCAAGACUGGAAUAUAAGCAAGCACUUCAAUACCUUGUCAUACUUGACCAAAUAUCAAAUUUAGUUGAGCUGCUUUAGUAAGUAAGAUGAUAUACAAAAAUUUCCUAAAAUUCAGAUAUAGCUAAACCUCUUUUUGCAAUUUCCUUUUGAGCAUAUAUAGUGUUGUUGGGGCCAUGAUAUUCAUUGCAGGGAAGUCUGGGUGUUGAAUUUGAUCCAAGUACCACAAGAAGAUUCUUUUAAUUAGGUCUUGCAGAGAUAUUGAUUAUAUUCUUGUCCUUCAUUGUGUAGUUAGUAAACUGAAAUUGGUUAGAUAAACGGAAUUGGUUUGUUGUUGCCACAAACAUUUUGGACUAUCAGAAUCCAUUUAAGAAGGUGCACAUAAAGAACGAUGUGUUUUCUCAUUUUAAAGACCAUUAGCAGGACAAAGCAACAUGUACAAUACAAAAUGCUCAACAGAAUGAUGGAGACAUGCACAUACACAUGGUUCUCAGACAUAUUAUUGACAGUUAGACCACCUAGAUAUCAACUACUGAUACUUGUGUCGGAAUCUUUGAUGUUCCUUUUCUAGAAAUUUUUGUGCCUAUGACAUCCCUAAAAGAACUCAUCUAUGUGGUAAUUUUCAUAGGCCAUGCAUAUGAAAUAAAUCUGCUUUGCCAUCGAGAUGGAUGACUUAAUUUCACAUAUGUUUUGUAAAGAUAAAAAUGCAAUGAAGCAUUGCUUUCUUCAACAACUAUCACUGUAGGUUUCUAGGAUCAGAUAAACUUGAAGGAGUCUAAGCCCUUAAAAGGAAUCUAUGCCUCUUAAGUGUUGCACAUUCUUAUUAGUAUGUCUCAAAGACUGUUGGUUUUAUGAACAUGGUGCAUGGAGCUGAUAUAUGAGGAGGAUGAAGAACUAACUUAU